AUGAGCGAGGAACAGUGUGACUUCAACUCGUGGGAGCUGAACGGGCUCAACUCCCUCGAUCUGUGGGACUACACCGUGGAACUGGAGUGUCUGCAAGGCACCGAAGAUUUGCAGUUAGCGGCAGAACUCGGAAAAACACUUCUAGAAAGAAAUAAGGAACUUGAAACCGCUCUUCGUGAUCUACAAAAUGUCAUUGAAGACCAGAAGCAAGAAAUCGAGUACUUAACAAAACAAACUGUCGCCCUACGGGAAGUCAACGACUCAAGACUGAGAAUCUACGAACAACUGGAGGUGAGCAUCCAGGACUUGGAACGCGCAAAUCACAGACUCGCGGUCGACCAUGCAGCCGACAAGAAACACAUUAAAACCCUUUGCGGAAACAUCGAAACCUUGGAAGGCAAAUGUGAAGAGCUUCAAAAGACUGUGGACGACCUGAACGGCCAGCUGGAAAUAUUCCGACGGAGAUCGGAACGGAAGCCGGAGAGCGAGAAGCCGAAAGAAAAACCCGCAGAGGCCCCAAACACCAUUGUCAAGAAGCCAGAGACGAACGGAACGCCGCUCAAAUUAGUCCCGUUGCCUGAACUCACAAAGGAAGACGAGGAUUUGUUAAGGCUUAGCGAUGAGCUCAGAGAGAAUAAGGCUGCGUUUGCACAAGAGCAUAGGAGGGUAACUGAACUGGAGGAACAACUAGCGUCGGUCAUACAAGAGAACAACAGGUUACAAGAACAAUUAAGGAAUUGGCAUCAAAGGGACGAUGAGCCUAAGUCCAUGCAUGAGGAGUUUUCGAUUCUUGAAGAAGUCAGACAAGGACAAUUAUGCAUUCGAUGUCUCCGAGGUACAGAACGAGACGAUAUGUCUUCUAUGCUGGACGGCGACGACGAUGAUAGAAGUGCAAUAUCUUCCCUCAUUUUGACAUCCACUGGCAACCACAGUCCAAAAGACGAGGUCAGCAGCAAACUUAUAAAGUUCGACAAUGCGAAAGAAAAGUUACUGCAAGGCACCUGGGCAAACAAAGAGGAUGGACACGAGAACCCGUACCGGGAGUUGGUGCAGAAGUACGAGGCGUUGCUCGAAGUUCAAUUAUCGCAGGUCAAGAACAUAAGGAAAAACAAGCCAACCUUGCCGAGCGCACAAAGCCAAACCGGAUCGCUUUUAGUGCAUGACGAGCUACAGACGUCCGGCGACUUCAGCCAGUUUAGCGUCAAGGACACAGACGACGAAAGCGGCCACGGCGAAGAUGCUCAAAAGGACAGCCAACAGAAAAAAAUGGAAACGUCCCGCAAGAAGAUAAUCCAAACACCAGACUUUUCAGAGGCGGAAACCUCUAGCUCCGGUUUUUCGGACGAAACCAGCAAUAAGGCGACGCAAACUGAACGCGAGAGACCCGGCUCCUUCUUAUGCACAAUAGCAGACGGAGAAGACUAUCGGUUCAGUAUCUACGAUGAUGUCAGCCCGAUGGAUAGCCGGUUCCGCAACAGACCCGAAUACAGGGAAUUGUUCAAAGAAAUCUUCACUAUUCUCAAAAAAGCGGCAGAGAACAAAGACGACGGAGAACAGUUGCCUUUACUCGACGAUACGAAGGCCGGCAAAGUGCCACCGGUGACGCCGGCCACGGAGGAACCACCUGGAAACUUCUCCGAUGACACUCAGAGUAUUUUAUCGUCUGUAAUGUCUGAACAAUCGAUUCCAGUAUCUGAUAUCACAACACCUGAAUCGUCGACAUUAAAAGAAAAAGAACCAUCAGCAUCAGAGGCUAAGGAAACAAAAGAGAAGCCAAACGUCGACAAUAAUAAAGAAAACAAACCAGUUGCUGAGAGCACCGAGAAACCAAAACAGAAUGAACAGGAGAAGAAGGACAAAGAAAAAGAACGCGUCCUCACGCCUCUGGUGCGUCAGCCACUGGAAUUCAUCGCAGCUACUAGAAAGAAGUCCAGGCAUCGCAACCGUAAGCACAGUCAAGAUCGUCAGGGGGCCGAUUCGCCCGUAUUCCCUUCGCCGCCAAAGAUCACGUACCAGAAGCCCUCUCACAAAAAACGCAGAGACUACAGGCCUAUCGAAGUGAGUCCCCUCGCUAGACCGGCGGAGGGCGAGUGGAACGGCUCCACACUCCAGUUUUACAACAGGAACCUCAACUCGCCGACACCCAGCGUGAGUGGCCGUUCGGGUAAAAUCUACCAAGGAUGGAAUCCCGAAACAGACUCUUGGGACAUAAAACAGAGCACUGCGUCGCAGGAGAUCCACAAGCUGAGGAAGCUAGAACUCUCCUACGCCGAGGUACUGAGAAACGCCGACAAAACGAAGAACAGGCGUAAGAAACAUCAGUAA